UCUCUUCUCAUUGCGCUCUCCACUGCUCCCAAACCCUGCGUUCUUUGCGUAGAGCUAUGAAUCUCAUACCAGGUUUGUCCGGGUUCUCCACCAUGUUCGGGAAGAAGAAGAAGCGGCUGGAGAUCUCGGCGCCCUCCAACUUCGAGCACCGCGUCCACACGGGCUUCGACCCGCACGAGCAGAAGUUCACGGGGCUGCCGCAGCAGUGGCAGAGCCUGCUGGCCGACACGGCCAACCGGCCCAAGCCCAUGGUGGACCCCUCCUUCAUCACGCCCAUACAGCUCGCACCCAUGAAGAUGUCUCCCAAGAAAGUGCGGUCGGCAGAAUCUCCGUCGCGAAAAACGAUCGUGCGUGGGAGCCGGCCCCCCAAGGACGCGUCCAUCAACGGGCUGCUGGAGGAGUUCGACAGCAUCUCGGUGACGCGCUCUAACUCGCUGCGCAAGGAGAGCCCGCCGGGCGCGCUGCAGGCCGGGGUGGGCGGCGGCAGCGGCAUGGGCAUCGGAGGCAUGGGCAUGGGCAUGGGCAUGGGCCUCAGGCAGCCCCCGCUCUCCGCGCCCGGCCUGGGCUCCAAACCCGGCGGAGGAGGUGGAGCCCCCGGUGGCCCGGAGGAGAACGGCUUCAGCACGCACAGCCACUACUACGGCCGCUUCUCCUGCGACCUGGACGGCAGCCGGGAGUUCUCCCUGGAGCCGUACCGGGACCGGGCCGGACUCGGCGGCGGAGGCGGAGGAGGAGGAGGCUCGUACGCGUACGACUACACCAGCGGAGCCAGCGCCGACUGGCCCGUGGGCCGCCUCUACCGCCACUUCCCCGCCAAGCAGAACGGCCACCCGCUGCCACCGCUGGGGCCCCCGCCGCCCUCCUCCGGCCCGCCGGGGGGCCCCCCGCUGCACCACCACCCGCACCACCACCCGCACCCCCACACCAUCCGCAGCCCCUUCUACCCGGACGCCAUGCCGCAGAAGAGCUCCGAGUUCGCCAAGCUGCCGCCGGACUACCACGCCUACCUGGAGUCCAAGGUGCGUCUGUCGGCGGCGGCCGGGGACGGCGGCGGCAUGGGACCCGGCUCGGGCUCGGGCUCGGCCGGCACCAGAGACUACUACCGGGCCUCGCUGGGCGGCUCGUCCUCCAGCCGGGACUACGGCGAGAUCCCCAUGAUGGGCACGCCGUCGCGCGUCUCCCUGCACAGCGACCAGCUGGGCUACGGCUGCAGCGAGGGGGGCAGCAGCAGCGACUGGGGCGGCUACGGGGCCGUGGGGCCGCCGCCCCCUCUGCCGCGCGAGGACCCGUACGAGCGGAGGCCCAAGUCCUCCUACGUGACGCAGAGCAGCCCGCAGCCGGCCAUCCGCCAGCGAUCGCGCUCCGGCUCCGGACUGCAGGACCCCAGCGGAGUGCCCCCCCUGUCCUCCAACGCCGCCGCCUACAAGCAAGUGCCCCAGGGACACCCGUACAACUCCUACACGUACCCACGCCUGUCGGAGACGCCCAACGCUGCACAGAACAUGAGCAAGGCUGAGUAUGAGCGAGCGGUGCGCGAUGGCAGCCCCCAGCCAGCAGGGGGCGACGGCUACCCCCGGGGCUCCCUGAAGCUACCUCAGGGCCCAGCCAGGCCCAGCUACCCCCCGUCGGGCCUGCCUCCGCCCCACCACCCCCUGCACCUCCAGCAGCAGCCUCCACCACUGCCAGCCCAGCAGCACCCGCCGCCCCCCCUGCACUACAAACCCCCACCACCAGGUUCGGGGGGCGCCGCACCCUACCCCCACCCCCACCCUCUCCCGCACCCCCACAUCCCCCACCACGCGCCCCCUCCGCAGCCCAGCCCUUCCUACGGUGGCAGCCAGUCGGGGGGGAUGGGGGUGGGGGCGGGAGCCGGGUCAGGGGCGGGGGUGCUCCCCCAGUCGCAGUCCCAGCCGGCCUCGCCGUACGUGCCCCCGGGCGCCUACCCUCCCCCCAGCUGGGGCUCCUGCUCGGAGCAGCCCCCGUCGCGCGUCUCCCACGAGCAGUUCCGCGCCGCGCUGCAGCUGGUGGUGAAUCCCGGCGACCCGCGCGAGUACCUGGACAACUUCCUGAAGAUCGGCGAGGGCUCCACGGGCAUCGUGUGCAUCGCCACCGAGCGCCACACGGGAAAACAGGUCGCCGUCAAGAAGAUGGACCUCCGGAAACAGCAGAGGAGGGAACUGCUCUUUAACGAGGUGGUGAUCAUGAGGGACUAUCACCAUGACAACGUGGUGGACAUGUACAACAGCUACCUGGUAGGGGACGAGCUGUGGGUCGUCAUGGAGUUCCUGGAGGGCGGGGCCUUGACGGACAUCGUCACGCACACCAGGAUGAACGAGGAGCAGAUAGCGACGGUGUGUGUGUCUGUGCUGAGGGCGCUGUCCUACCUCCACAACCAGGGCGUCAUCCACAGAGACAUCAAGAGCGACUCCAUACUGCUCACCAGCGACGGCAGGAUAAAGCUGUCUGACUUUGGCUUCUGUGCACAAGUGUCCAAAGACGUGCCCAAGAGGAAAUCGCUGGUGGGGACGCCAUAUUGGAUGGCCCCAGAGGUCAUCUCAAGGUUACCCUACGGAACUGAGGUGGACAUCUGGUCUCUUGGUAUCAUGGUGAUCGAGAUGGUGGAUGGUGAGCCCCCCUAUUUCAACGAGCCCCCACUGCAGGCCAUGAGGAGAAUACGAGACAACCUGCCCCCCAGGCUCAAAGAGUCCCACAAGGUGUCGUCGGUGUUGCGGGCGUUCCUGGACCUGAUGUUGGUUCGGGAGCCGUCCCAGAGGGCCACCGCCCAGGAGCUGCUGCUGCACCCCUUCCUCAAGCUCUCGGGCCCCCCCUCCUGCAUCGUGCCCCUCAUGCGACACUACCGCCACCGCUGAGCAGAGCUGAGCAGAGCAGAGCACCGCCAUGGCCUGGACCUGGACCUGGCGCCCACCUCGCUGCACCUCCGGCCUCCCACCACCAGGGCGGCGCUCUUCCCUCAACCCACCACCACCAAACACACACACACACACACACACUCAGUACACUGGCACACUGUCCCUCACACACGCCUCAUAACAACACAACACCACACAACACACACACACACACACACACACGCUCACACUCACUCAAACAUACGACAUGCUUCCUCUCCUACGAGAGAAGCCCCCUUUGGAAGAGACUUGUAAAACCAACCAACCGACGGCGUGUAACCCGAAGCCACGUUGGGAGUUAUUUACUUACAUAGACACUGACACCUGUAUCCGUGUGUAGAGUAGGCUGAAGUGAAAUUAACAAAUUAAACGUGACGAAGCUUUUAUUCAUGCAAACCGAAGAGGAAGGCACUACAAGUGAAGACGCCGCUCGCAGGUCUCUCUGCGAGGGCGACGGCUGUGGUUUCCUUGAGUCUCACAAGGCUCUUAUAUGUUAGCGUAACACACAGUGUAGCGUCAGCAGUCUGUAGGAGAGGUCAUGACAGGUGUGUGUGUGUGUGUGUGUGUGUGUGAGAGAGAGAGUAUGGUAUAUUUUUUCUCUGUCUAAGCUGUGCUGUAUGUGUGUGCGUACUGUACUCAACCCCUGAGUAAAAACCAAUUGUAGCUUCCAAAUAAAAGCACGACGGGAUGUGGUGGGGCUAGCAUCAAGCCGAGCCAAUGAGAGCGAUGGGAUGGGGUUAGAAUCCAGCUGAGCCAAUAAAGAGGCUUGUGUGAGGGAGGCGAGUGUUUGAGAAUACCGAAAGUUCUGGUGCUGGAACUGAGAAAGUUCUGGUGCUGGAACUGAGAAAGUGUUCCGGAACUGGAAUCCAUGAGGGAGUCGGAAGAACUAGCUGAAACCAGCAGAGACAGACUCUUUGACACACUGUCCAGGACGCAAGGCUGUUACUACAGGCGAGGAGGGCAGUGUGCAAAACUGCCGCCUUUUUUCACCCUCUCGUCUAAAAACCUUAUCAGUUUGAAAAGCUUAAAAAAAGAACAACAAAAAAUAUUUUAGAGGAAAACUUUUAACCAUUUUUUUCUGUACAGUUUUUUAUAAUCCGCAGUAUUUUGUGGUGACGUAAGCGUUGUCAUAUACCAAGGCAGUGUUACUAUAUAUACAAUAUAUAGUGCCCAAGAGAGCACAUGCCUCUACUAUUUCCUACUGUUUAUAUAAUCCUCAUUUUUUGACAAAGAAAGGACAUGAAAAUAUUCUCAUUCUUAAAAAAAAAAACCCAUCUUGGAACUGUUAAAAAUGAAGCAUAUUUAUUUAUUUUGACUUUGUAGACAAAGCCUUCCUGUGGACGUUAUGAGAAAAGGGUUAACUCGUCAGCCUUUUGUAUGCCAUUUAAAAGUAUUAUUUAUUUUUCUGGAAAUGGAGCUUUCUUUUUUUCUGUCGUGUGGCCUUUUCAUUCAUUUCUUUUCCAGCUUUCAGUGUUUUGUAUUUAUUUUAUUUUUAAUUUCUAUUUAUUAUUUUGGUUUGUUUGUUUUUCUUUCUACUUACUUUACUUGAUGAUGAUGGGUGAUGUUAGUCACUUGAGCAAUACGGCUUACUACUUGUAUGGUGUGUAUGUAUGAGAGGUGCUUACGGUGUAAUCACUUGCAGUAACAGGGUUAGAAGAGACGGUUAAAGGCACCCACUCAAUCGCUGACUCUACCUACCUAACCAGGUGCGGCCCCUGGGCCUGAUACGGCCCUCAUGUGGCCUUGAUUUGGCCCAGAUCGGGACUUAUUUUAGCCCUGGAUAGGUGUAACAUUUGAGUAUUUUUGCGCCUUGCUGGUGCCAGAGCUACUCACAUCUGCAAUCAUUGCAUUGCCUCAUUUUCAUCUUGGACACAUUUAGCACACACUCACAUACACCCAUGAACACAUAUGUACGUACACAUACUUACUAAGUAACUCACUUAGCGUACAGUACAUGCACACUCACUCAUAACACAACACACAACCUUCCUCGCCCCUGCAUUUAUCAUUUUGUUAUCAUGACGUUACAUGUUUGAAGUAACUAUAAUCACAGUGCGUACUCACUCACUCUCCAUAGCACAGAACCCCCCCCCCCUGCCCUCCCCCAAUACACUUACCACCACCACCCACUCCCUCCCUCUACAAACACACAUACAUUUUCAUUGCUCCCCCUCCCCCACUGUGAAGUGUACAUAUGAAGAGGAACAAGUGUACUACUGGCUAAAGCUUGACCUUGAGAGGUCAAGGUCAAAAGGUCAAACCCUAACCGUGGUGUCGCUUGUACAGUAAUCUUGCAUGUGUGUCUUCUGUAAAGCUGCUUUCAAUA